CCGCUUGGUGCUACUGUGUGAGCCAGGUAGGACUGUUAGCUGCUGGUCAGUCAGCUCCGCAACGCAGCACUGUCUUAUAAGAAACCACGGGAAAAAGAGAGAAACGGAUAAAAGGGGAAAGACUGGAGGAAAGAAGGGAAGAGAGAGGUGUCGGGGAGUUGAAGGCAGGUUAUGGGUCAGUUGGCUAUGCGCAUCCUAGUCUCACGAUCUUGUAGUUAAAAAGAGGUACACGUAGUGAUUCACUCUCUCACACACACACUCAGAGAGAGAGAGAGAGAGAGAGAGAGAGAGAGAGAGAGAGAGAGAGAGAGAGAGAGAGAGAGAGAGAGAGAGAGAGAGAGAGAGAGAGAGAGAGAGAGAGUCUCUUAGAGUUUAGUCUCUCACAGGUCCACUGCCUAUAGUCACCCCGACACACUUCUCCAGUUCAAUGGGGCAAUCACACUAAAUUGGAUUUUUAGAAAUAAAACUACCCUCUAUUUAAAGCCAUAUUUAUACAACAUAGCAUACUAUCUAGACAUAUACACAUAUAUAGGGAUUCACUUGUUGUCGCUAUCCUCCAGUCGUACCCACAGUCCAGACUGUGUGAGAAAUUGAAAUAUGGAUUUGUCGAACUUUUCCACUCGGAAGAAACGGCGCCCUUGGUUCGCGGACCUCACCUCUUUCGCAGCGCUGGCUCUGGUGCUGUGGCACAGCGCAUCGACUGCAGCAGCAGACCCUGUCGAUGUACUGAAGGUGCUGCAGCUCCACACUCUCCCGGAGGGGGUCCGAAAGGCCCCUGGGUUCUGUCCCACUCGUCGCACGGGCCGCAGUGAUGUGGCAUACAGGAUAUCCAAGCAGGCCCAGAUCAGUGCCCCCACCAAGCAGCUCUUCUCAGGUCAGUUCCCGGAGAACUUCUCGAUCAUGGCUCUGGUGAAGGCGAGGGCGGGGCUGCAGGCGUUCCUGCUCUCAGUGUACAACGGGCAGGGGGUGCAGCAGCUGGGCGUGGAGCUGGGCCGGUCCCCUGUCUUCCUGUACGAGGACGAGAGCGGGAAACCAGCGCCCGAGGACUAUCCACUCUUCAGAGGGAUCAACCUGGCCGACGGCAAGUGGCACCGUGUGGCUCUCAGUGUGCAGAAGAAGGACGUGACACUCAUCCUGGACUGUAAGAAGCGCAUCACCAAGCCCCUCCCCCGCAGCGACAAGCCCAGCAUUGACACCAAGGGCAUCGUGGUAUUCGGCAGCAGGAUCCUGGAUGAGGAGGUGUUUGAGGGUGAUAUCCAGCAGCUCCUGAUCGCCUCGAACCCCCAGGCUGCAUAUGAUUACUGUGAGCACUACAGCCCUGACUGCGACACUGCGCUGCCCGACAUCCCGCAAGCACAGGAGGCUAAAGACUACUACUAUGAUGAAGAGACGGAUUAUUAUGAGGAUCCCUAUUACGAUGAGACCUCAGAGAGUCCCGACCGAGCAGAGACGGCGACUAAACAGCCGAAGCAGAAGAAAAGCAAAGCUGCAGUCAGCCACAAGGACGCGGUCAAAGCCAAACCCAAACCGGCCGCGUCCAACGGCAACGCAAAGACUCCCCCGAAAAACAAAAAUGUCAGCAACGACGGCAAGGCGCCCCCCUCUAAAAAAGUCCCCCCCAAGCCUGCCGCUGCCACCCCGGUUAAAACCGCGGCAGCAAAGACCCCCAAAGCCAAGGUAGCCGCGGUGAAAAACACGGUCAGCAAAGCGCCGGUCAAAAAAAGUGCAGUCGCAGCCGCCGCUGCCACCACCGGCAAAACCAAGAAGACACCCGGCAACAGCUAUCAACAGGAUGUAAGCACCACCCACACAGUGGCAGGUCACACCCCCUCUGAGGCAGACCGCACCCCCUACCCAGAGGAGGAGCCUGAGGCAGGACAGGAGCUCAUUGGACAGGGGGAGACAGGCCCGCCCCCUAUCGCUGAGGAGGAGGAGGUGAAGGUUGGUUCUGAGGCCCCUGCUGAGGAGCUCUUCACAGAGGAGUAUGUGACAGGGGACAGUGAGGCCGAGGCGGGCCCCGGGGCCACAGAGUACGAUUACUCCUACAAGGACUUCAAAGACUACGGCCCUGCCCAUGACAACAACCCUGCCCAGAUAGGCCCCGCCCUCUCUGCAGAGACAGAGGAAGGAGGUGCCAUCGUGAGGGGAGUGAAAGGAGAGAAGGGAGAGCCGGCUGUGAUGGAACCUGGCAUGCUGAUUGAAGGACCCCCAGGACCUGAAGGCCCAGCUGGUCUCCCCGGCCCCCCUGGCUCCACCGGACCCCCAGGCUCUUUAGGCGACCCAGGAGAGAGGGGCCCCACUGGUCGAGCUGGCUUACCUGGUGCUGACGGAUUACCUGGCCCCCCUGGCAGCUCCAUCAUGCUUCCUUUCCGGUUUGGGAUGAGUGCGGGGGAGAAGGGGCCCAUUGUUUCGGCUCAGGAGGCACAGGCACAGGCUAUCCUGCAGCAGGCCAGGCUGGCUCUGACGGGCCCUCCUGGACCAAUGGGAUUCACCGGUCGCCCAGGACCCCUGGGGACCCCUGGCAGCCCGGGACUGAAGGGAGACUCAGGUGAUCCUGGACCUCAGGGCCCCCGAGGGCCACAGGGAUUAUCGGGGCCCCCUGGCAAAUCCGGCCGCAGGGGUCGUGCGGGAGCAGACGGAGCUCGUGGAAUGCCUGGUGAAUCCGGAUCCAAGGGUGACAGGGGUUUCGAUGGCCUGCCUGGUCUUCCUGGGGACAAAGGACACAGAGGAGAGCCUGGAGCUUUGGGGCCCCCCGGACCCCUGGGAGAGGAUGGAGAGAGGGGAGACGAUGGGGAAGUGGGACCAAGAGGACUGCCUGGUGAACCUGGACCCCGUGGACUGCUUGGACCUAAAGGACCCCCUGGUAUUCCUGGACCCCCUGGUGUGCGUGGAAGUGAUGGACCUCAUGGACCAAAAGGAAAUCUUGGGCCACAAGGAGAACCCGGACCCCCAGGACAGCAAGGGACAUCAGGAACUCAGGGUAUGCCAGGACCUCAGGGAGCGACGGGACCCCCGGGGGAGAAGGGGCCGGUCGGGAAACCAGGACUGCCGGGAAUGUCAGGAGCCGAUGGACCCCCUGGGCACCCAGGCAAAGAGGGGCCAUCCGGAACUAAGGGGAACCAGGGUCCCAACGGCCCUCAGGGUCCUAUUGGCUAUCCAGGACCACGUGGUGUAAAGGGGGCGGAAGGUGUCCGUGGGCUGAAGGGACACAAGGGAGAGAAGGGUGAAGACGGGUUCCCCGGGUUUAAGGGAGACUUGGGAGUGAAGGGAGACCGGGGGGAGCUCGGUGUGCCUGGUCAGAGAGGGGAGGACGGUCCGGAGGGUCCCAAAGGCAGAGUCGGACCCCCAGGGGAACUGGGUCCAAUUGGACUGGUUGGAGAGAAGGGUAAACUGGGAGUCCCUGGUCUGCCUGGAUACCCGGGGAGACAAGGCACCAAGGGUUCACUCGGUUUCCCAGGGUUCCCCGGGACGAACGGAGAGAAGGGAGCGCGGGGUUUGAUUGGAAAAACUGGGCCUAGAGGUCAGAGGGGACCAACGGGCCCCAGGGGACAGAGGGGACCCAGAGGGGCCACAGGCAAACCAGGGGCUAAGGGUACGUCUGGCAGCGAUGGCCCGGCUGGUCCACCAGGAGAGAGGGGUCUGCCAGGACCUCAAGGACCCAAUGGAUUCCCGGGACCGAAGGGGCCCCCAGGACCCAGUGGAAAGGACGGGCUGCCUGGACACCCAGGACAGAGAGGAGAAGUGGGUUUCCAAGGCAAGACCGGCCCACCCGGACCCCCUGGAGUGGUGGGACCCCAGGGCCCCUCCGGAGAGAGCGGUCCGUUGGGAGAGCGAGGGCACCCAGGCCCCUCAGGGCCCCCCGGAGAGCAGGGCCUGCCAGGGGCUUCAGGGAAGGAGGGCACCAAGGGAGACCCAGGCCCCAUGGGGGCCCCAGGCAAGGACGGGCCAGCAGGACUGAGGGGCUUCCCUGGAGAGAGGGGUCUGCCGGGCACCGCGGGCGGCACGGGGCUGAAGGGUAAUGAAGGACCAGCUGGACCCCCCGGACCUGCUGGCUCUGCUGGUGAGCGUGGUGCCGCAGGGCAGGGUGGUCCCAUCGGCCCCCCAGGCAGACCUGGCCCCCAGGGGCCUCCUGGAGCAGCUGGAGAGAAGGGAGUUCCCGGCGUGAAAGGUCCAAUUGGGCCGGCAGGUCGUGACGGGGUUCAGGGUCUGGUGGGUCUGCCCGGGCCAGCGGGACCCAUGGGGACCCCAGGAGAGGACGGGGACAAGGGUGAGAUCGGAGAGCAUGGACAGAAGGGUGCCAAAGGAAGCAAGGGAGAGCAUGGUCCCCCUGGGCCCCCAGGUCCAAUGGGUCCAGUCGGACAGCCCGGAGCCGCUGGUGCUGAUGGUGAGCUUGGCCCCAGGGGUCAGCAGGGUCCGUUCGGAGCAAAGGGAGACGAGGGCCCCCGAGGGUUCCCCGGUCCUCCCGGCCCAAUUGGACUGCAGGGUUUGCCUGGUCCAUCAGGAGAGAAAGGAGAGACUGGAGACGUGGGCCCCAUGGGCCCCCCAGGUCCCCCGGGCCCCAGAGGUCCAGCUGGACCCAGUGGAGCUGACGGUCCACAAGGUCCCCCUGGAGGUUUGGGUAACCCUGGUAAUGUAGGAGAGAAGGGAGAGCCGGGUGAAUCCGGAGCCCCAGGUGUUGCAGGAGAGCCCGGUGCAAAGGGCCCUCGCGGGGAGCGUGGAGAGAAGGGGGAGGCGGGACAGCCUGGCACGGCCGGACCAGCAGGAGUGAAGGGGCCCACCGGAGACGACGGACCCAAAGGAAACCCUGGCCCCGUUGGAUUCCCAGGUGACCCAGGACCCCCUGGAGAGCUCGGACCCCGAGGUCAAGACGGAGCAAAAGGUGAGAGAGGAGAGGAUGGAGAGCAAGGACAAGCGGGCUCCCCCGGACCUACUGGUGAGAACGGCCCCCCAGGACCUCCUGGAAAGAGGGGUCCUGCUGGAACGAGAGGUCCGGAGGGGCGACAGGGAGAGAAGGGAUCCAAGGGUGACCCAGGUGCGAACGGCCCAGCCGGAAAGACAGGUCCAGUCGGGCCCCAGGGGCCCCCAGGCAAACCCGGUACUGAAGGGCUGAGAGGGAUCCCAGGAUCAGUGGGUGAACAAGGCUCUCCCGGAGUGACAGGACAGAGGGGCCCCCCCGGACCCAUUGGCCCCCCUGGUCUGCCUGGUCUGAAGGGAGACCCUGGAGCAAAGGGAGAGAAGGGACACCCCGGCCUCAUCGGCCUCAUCGGACCCCCAGGAGAGCAGGGAGAGAAGGGAGACAGGGGCCUGGCAGGGCCACAGGGCAGCCACGGAGCCAAGGGAGAGACUGGAAUCGCAGGACCGACUGGACCACUGGGACCAGCUGGACCCCCUGGAUUACCCGGUCCUGUUGGUGUGAAAGGUGCCAAGGGAGCUUCGGGUCAAGCCGGUCCUAAAGGAGAGAAGGGUGUCGCUGGACCUCCAGGUUUGCCUGGCCCCCCUGGCGAGGUGAUCCAGCCCCUGCCCAUCCAGAUGUCCCCCAAGAGGAGCAGGCGCUCAAUCGACGGCAGCCAGCUGGAGGAGGAGGGGGCGCAGGCCGACGCAGUCCUGGACUACGCUGACACCGGCAUGGAGGAGAUCUUGGGCUCCCUCAACUCCCUCAAACAGGAGCUCGAGCACAUGAGACACCCGCUGGGCACCAAGGAGAACCCGGCCAGGACCUGCAGGGACCUGCAGCUCAGCCAGGCCGACUUCAAGGACGGUGAAUACUGGAUCGAUCCCAACCAGGGCUGCGCUCGAGAUUCAUUCAAGGUGUUCUGCAACUUCACUGCAGGAGGAGAGACCUGCAUCUACCCAGACAAGAAGAUUGAGUCGGUGAAGAUGAACUCCUGGAGCAGCGAGACCCCUGGAACCUGGUUCAGUGAGUUCAAACAUGGCAGCAAGUUCUCGUAUGUGGACUCUGAAGGCGAGCCCCUGGGCGUGGUUCAGCUCACAUUCCUGCGGCUGCUGUCUGUCUCGGCCCGGCAGAACUUCACCUAUCACUGCCACCACUCCGUGGCCUGGCAGCACCUGGGCAGCGACAGCUUCGAGCAGGCCCUGCACUUCCAGGGGGCCAACGAGGAGGACAUGAGCUACCAGACCAGCCCCUACAUCAAGGCACCGCUCGACGGCUGUGCUUAUCGCAAGGGCUAUGACAAGACAGUUCUGGAGGUGAACACUCCCGUGGUGGUGCAGCUGCCUGUGCUAGACGUCAUGUUCACAGACUUUGGGGAGGCCAAGCAGAAAUUCGGCUUUGAUGUGGGACCCGUGUGCUUCCUGGGAUAGAACAUAAUAAACCAGAAACACAACCCAGCAACAAAACACACAAACAAACAAACACAUGAAAAAAAACAACCAAUGCCAAGCAAGCAAGCCUGUCUUGUCACAACACUACACGACCUCUACAUGAACUCUAGACAUCAUCGAUCCCGCCCACGAGACCCUGGCCACACCCACUCACCAUGCCCACCUCACACCCCCACCCCUGCCAUGCCCCCCAAUAUGAGAAUCGCAAAGCGAAAGAGCUGCCUACGCGUGCUGCUGAAUGUGUAAGAGACGAAACCGGGGAGCUGUUCAGCAAACACAUGAACAUCAACAGCACUGAAAUGAAGAAAGACUUUCAUAACAUCGAAGAGGAAAAAAAAACAACAAACAGCAGAAACCAAAGACUUUUCAACGUGAAAAAAAAGAUUACCAAAAAAAUGUGCAGUUAAAGUCCUUCGCUCCCCUUCUCUCUCUCUCUCCCAAACUGUAUCUGUAGAUGUAUUGAAAAGAACCAUUUGGGAGUUUCAAGAAAGGGAAGGAAACCGGUAGCCAUAUACAUGGGGUCUAGCUGGUAAUUUAGAUUGAUUUAUACCAGCUUUUACUAAUAAACACCAGUGCAGUUCCAGUUUACAGCCAGCAGAUGUCAACAUAGAGCUUGCGAAUAUAAAAACUGCAGUUAUGGGCAGCAGGUGGCAGCAGUGCAAUGCAGUAUUUAAAACUGUUUACAGUAUGACUAUGCAAAAUGUAUAAAACAUCGAACUAUACAACAUGUGCCUUAUAAUGAGCAGAUAUCAAAUGUCAUUGUUGGGAUAACCUCUAUGCACUAAACCUCAGCUAUAAAUAAAUAUGACUGCAGUUACAGCUUUUGGCCCUGAGAGGCAACUUGCAAUUUGACCGUUUGACCAGCGGGUGUCACUGUGAAAAACCUCAAGUUACCUGGUUUACCCCACCCUUAUAUUUUGUGUUGUUCAAGGUGUUUGUGAAAGUAUUUAAGCCAACACAUAAGUUAAUAUUCCUAUUGUAUUAUUAUUAUAUUAUUGGUAUGAUUAUUGUAUUUGAAUUUAAUUUAAUUAUGUUUUGUUUUGCGUACGGUGAGUGGGCAGGGAAAGGGGUUUUGGGGGCAGGUAAAAAAAACCCUUAAUAUUAUUUGAUGUGCGUUUAUGAUUUUUUUUGCUUGUCAAAACGCAAGAAGACAGGAAACUUGUUAACAAUGGAUACAAAAAAAACAGUCUGUGAACAAAAAAUGGUUGUUUAGAAAAUGAAAAAUACGGAGAAGCAAUUUAUUUUUGAUUUUUUAAAGACAUGCUGGUGCUUCAGAUUGUACUUUGAAAGAGAGAGAACACAACAACAACAAGGUGCUCAAAGUAUUAUUGUAUAAUGUUUGUAAGUAUUUUUUAUUUGUAUUGUAAUAUAUAAUCUGUAAUUUGCUGCUUCUCUUGGUUUGUUUCAUUUUUUCCUUCUGUUUUUUCCUCGAGGUUUUUUCUGCAUGUCGCUUCGCUAACUUCUUAUUUUAAAUUAAAUUAAAUUUUAAUUACAUUUUUUUUAAACACUGCUCCCUAAAAAACAGCUCUGUAUCUCCGUGCUUACCUCCUAGAGCCUGUCUGUCUCUUAGCCUAUUCCUUGACACUCCCUCCCUCCGUCUCUCUCCCUCCACUCCUCUCUCUGCCUCGUUCCCUCUCUUCUCUUGCUCUCUGCCUCUGGUUUUGUUUCAGUCAGUCGGUUUUGUGCUAUUGUUAAUUUUUUUUUUUUUGGCUUGUGAUUUUCUUUGUGUCCCCAAUAAACCACACGCCAAUGCAGAUCUCUCCAA